GCAGAAAUGAAGUAUAUAGCUAAUUCGAUUCCUAUUAAUAAGCUUAAUAUUUUAUAUUAUCGUUAACAUCGAAUGCGACAACGAAAUGGUACGGGGGUUCCGAGACCCCCGUAGUCCUAGAUAAAAAUUCUCAUAAACUGCAACGUCUGUGAGGAUGUUGUAUUCCCAGCCUCUAUUAAAAGAGAUGUCGCUAAUGUCAAAUGCGACAUCACAAUGGCGAAUCUUGAUGAUGUUAAUGGCGACUGCUAAUCCAAUACGAUGGUACAAUAACACAAUCGAAUGCAAAUAGUGUAAACAUUUUUACAUCAACAAAGAUCUUAAUCUAACUUUAGUGAUUUUUAAUGACUUAUUGAGAUAAAUGAACGUCAAUAAUGGGAGAUUUAUUCGAUAUUGCAAAUUUAAUCACCGCUGUCGGUGUUGACAGAAUUAAAAUUAAGCCGGAACCUGGACUCCCAGAAAAAUCAUCAAAUGAAAUACUGACAGAAUUAUUUAGUACAUUUGAUGCUGAAGAAGUGGCAUCACCAGAGAAUACUGAUCAACAAGUUCCAAAUGCUAACAUCAAAGUUGAAAAAUCUAAGAAAUCCCAGGUUAAGAAGAAAAAAACAAAGAAGAAACACAAGCAUAAGGAUAAAAAGCACAAGAAAAAAUCAAAAUAUAAUUCUUCUGAAAGCAAUAGUGAUCCAGAAAAUAAUAGUAUCAAAAAGAAAAAAAAGCACAAAAAGAAGACAAAACGUAAACAUGAAAAUAAUUCAAGUAAAUCAUCGGACUCAGAUGAGCCCAAAAGUAAAAUAUCGAGGCUUAAUAGUUCCUGUGACAACAUAAAAGAAAAGAGUAAUAACAAAGACAAUGGGUUAGAGAAAAAGGAUGUGGUCACAGCCACAAAUUUUGAAGACAAAUUAACAAUUAAAAAAGAACCAGGAUUAGAAAGUACUUCUUUAAACAGCCCUGAAAGUCCUCAACUUCCACCAAUUUCAAAAAAACUUCAGGAAGAAGUUGAGGAACCGCUAAUACCAAAAAUUUUUGAGAAGUCAAAGCAAGCAACACAAGGAAGAAUAUUGAUUAAAGAUUUAAAGAAUAGUGCAGUUUAUAAUGAUACAGUGAAGGAGAUAGAAAAUAAGGUAAAGGAAAAAGCAGCUCGAAUGGAAGAUGGUGAACUAUCUGAUAGUAGCACAGACAAUAGAACUCCAACAUUGAGUCCUAGUCCAGUACGAAGUAAUUCUAUGAGAUCACCAACAUUAAGUCCAAAUUUAGAAAAAAUAGAAGAUAGAUUGUUAAGUUCUGUGAAAGGAGGAAUAACUGCAAGAAAUGAUUUGAGAUUAAUUUUACGAGAAAAAGAAAAGAAAAGACUUGAACAUAUGGAUAAAAGAUCAGAUGAUAUAGAAAAAUCAAAGUUGUACAUGGAUAACGAAUACAAAGAGAAGGAAUGUAAUUAUAAUCACAAAACCACAGCAAUUAAAGAUAGUAAACGUGGCCAUAAUUGUUACUCGCAUGAAAAAAGACGUUCCGAGUCUCGAACUCGCUCUAGUUCUCACAGGAGUAGGAGUAGAGGCAGAGAUAAACGAAGAGAUAGAAGUAAAGACAAACAUGCCAAGAGUCGGAGUAAUGAUAGACGGGAAUCUAUUAAAAGCAGAGAAAAGAGAAGGCACAGAAGCCGUAGUGAUGAAAGAAAUAGAGAUAAAUAUUCACGCGGCAGAAGUAGGAGCAGAGAAAGGAAAGAGAGGAUAGAAAUUGAUAAGAAGAAACUAUUAGAAAUUGCAAGAAGGAAUGCAAUAAACAUGAUUAAACAAGGAACAUUACCAUUGGCACAACAGGAUAAGGCUAUUGCUGCAAUACAAGCUGGUGGAAAAACAGUUGAUGAACUCACAGAUUUUUGUAAAUCAUUAUCGAAAUCAGAAGCAUUAGGCGAACUUUCUAGUAUCUCGUCAGAAGAGGAUGGAAGCGAUACCGAAAAAGGUUUUCACCAUCCUUUUCUGCUUAAAGGACGUCCUAAUUCUAUCAUUAUGAAUAUUCGGGAUGCCAAGCAGUUACCAACUAAAACAUUCCAAGAGAAAACAGUAGAGUCAUCGAAUCAACUGCGCUUACAGUUUCCUGUAUCAAGUGGACAACAUCAUAGAAAAACUGAAAGUGAAUGGGUACCAAUAACUCCCAAAAAACCGCCAGAGCCAAAGAAGCAAUUUAUACCGGCUUCCACACCAAGUAAACCUCCUGCUGUGAUGCCCAUACCAACACCAGUACACCCAGUGCAGUCAACUGUUUUUUCUCAACCCAUUCCCACAGAGCCAAUAGAUAUUGGUUCAAUAGUAUCUCAAAGAUUAGCAGCAAUGAGAAAAUUAAGAGAAAAUCCAAAUGAUAUAUGUGCUCAAAAUGAAAUGUAUCGUGCACAAAAUGAGAUGAGAUCAUGGGCUGAAAGUAAACAGAUGCCAGGUCAAUUUACAGGCAGUACAGGAGCCAAAGUGCUCUCCCCUGCAGAACUUACGUCAGGUUAUCAAGCCUGGGCUCGUAAGCUGGGAUAUUUAGCAUUAGUCUGCAUCCACCUGAGGGUUUGUUACAGGCACGUAGCUACAUCAGAGAAGAAACAACUUCAGCGGCGUGAUGACAAAUUUAUAAUUUAUUUGGAUCAAUUAGUAUCGGCACAACCUGUUUCGGGUGGGAUGGGUAUGGCUUUACUGCAGAAGAUGGGUUGGCGGCCAGGGGAGGGUUUGGGAAAAAAUAAAGAAGGCACUCUUGAGCCAUUGCAGCUUGAAGUAAAACUGGAUAAAAGAGGACUUGUUUCUGAACAAGACAUUGGACAAAAAAUAGGAAAAACUGCUAAACCAUUAGUACCUGCAAUCAAAACAUUGGAAGGGAAACAUCCAGUAUCACUUUUAGGUGAAUACUGUUCAAAACGAAAACUUGGCGCUCCAGUGUAUGAACUAUGUUUCGAAUGUGGACCAGAUCAUAGAAAGAACUUUCUUUUUAAAGUUAAAGUAAAUGGAAUUGAAUAUAAACCAAGCGUAGCAAGUCCUAAUAAAAAACAGGCAAAAGCAGAAGCAGCACAAAUAUGUUUACAAACAUUAGGAUUAUUACCAGAACCGAAUCCUGUAUCUGCUUCAGAAACUUGAAGUUAUCAUUGUAAUAUCAUUAUUAUAUUGGUUGCUUAUAUGUAUUGACAUAUGUGAUUCCAUACUUAAUUUACACUUUCAAUACCUUCAUUUCUAUACAUAUUGAGUAUGUAUAUGAAUUUUUAAACUGCAAGUGUUACUUUUAACUGAACUUUUAAGAAGUGAUUUCUCUAAGAGUAGAACUGCAUUGUCCAACAAUGUGUACCUAUGUAUAAGGUUUGUAAACUUAAAGACAUAAUCAAUCCAUUUUAAUGUUACUAUGUAUAUAAAUAAUUUGUAUGUUUAAUAUUACAAUGCAUUUAAUUCUCACUUGUAAAAUAAAAAUAUAUGCAUAUAGUGUAAAUAAAA